UUUCGUCCCUUGUUUGGUCGCGUGACUGAUUGUUUCGGAACUUCGGAACAAACGUCAAUGUGCGUUUUUCUUUUUUUUUUUGGGCGGCUCAUUGAUAUCAUGAUGAAUGUUAGGGAGUGAGACUUCUUUCUGUUAACCUGGGUCAAUAUUAGUUACCAGACACGCCGAGGUUUUUUUUUUUUAAUCGUUAACUUCCCUUUCUUCCCGACACGUCAUUGGAGCCAUUUGGAUGGAAAGAGAGAGAAAAUAAAUAAAGGACCGGAAUGGAGAGUUUCCAUCAGAAUCAGCUGUGCCCCAGUGGCACGGGAGUGUUCUGAGGACUUGUGGCAUCAAUGAACCGUUGCUUGUGAGUCCCAGAUCUGGAGAGAACUUAGGAUGGAAGACCACCCCAGCUGCCCCAGUGUCAGCAUUCCCUGCUACAAUGAGAAGAGAGAUAAGAAGAAACGCUAUACUGUUUACAAAGUAAUGGUCAGUGUUGGAUGUCAUGAGUGGUUUGUAUUCCGGAGAUACGCAGAAUUUGACAAACUGUACAAUACAUUGAAAAAACAGUUUCCUGCUCUGAAUAUGAAGAUUCCUGCUAAGAGAAUAUUUGGGGACAACUUUGACCCAGAGUUUAUAAAACAGAGAAGAGCAGGGUUACAUGAGUUCAUUCAGAAGAUUGUCUCUCAUCCACAGCUCAGCCACCAUCUCGAUGUCAAAGACUUUCUAUGCAUGGACAAAUCAAAAAACUUCUCUGAUGCCUCAGAGGAUGAAGAUGACAAGAGCAACUCUACCUCUAGAAACAUUAACCUGGGGCCAUCUGCAAAUCCACAUGCAAAGCCCACUGAUUUUGACUUUCUUAAAGUCAUAGGAAAGGGGAGCUUUGGAAAGGUUCUUCUUGCAAAGAGGAAACGGGAUGGGAAGUGUUACGCCAUCAAAGUCUUGCAAAAAAAGGUCAUUUUAAACAGGAGAGAGCAAAAGCACAUUAUGGCUGAGCGUAACGUGUUGCUGAAGAAUGUUAAACACCCCUUCCUAGUUGGACUGCACUAUUCCUUUCAGACAACAGACAAGUUGUAUUUCGUCCUGGAUUUUGUCAAUGGUGGAGAACUUUUCUUUCACCUCCAAAAAGAGCGAACCUUCCCUGAACCCAGAGCUAAGUUCUACAUCGCUGAGAUGGCAAGUGCUCUGGGUUACCUGCACUCUCUUAACAUAGUUUACAGGGAUCUGAAACCAGAAAAUAUCCUGCUGGACUCUCAAGGACAUAUAGUCUUGACUGACUUUGGACUGUGUAAGGAGGGCAUUUCCCAAGCAGAUACAACCACCACAUUUUGUGGGACACCUGAGUAUCUAGCUCCAGAAGUACUCCGGAAACAACCCUAUGAUAACACAGUGGACUGGUGGUGCCUGGGUUCUGUGCUCUAUGAAAUGCUGUAUGGGCUGCCACCGUUCUACAGCAGGGACACACAUGAGAUGUAUGACAAAAUUCUUCAUAAGGAGCUGAUAAUGCGCCCUGGGGCUUCCACAGCUGCCUGGUCCAUCCUUCAGGCCCUACUGGAGAAAGACCACACCAGGAGGCUUGGCUACAUAAAUGACUUUAAUGAAGUCAAAGAGCAUGAAUUUUUCUCAUCAAUCAACUGGGAUGAUCUUGAACAGAAAAAGCUCCCACCCCCAUUCAACCCUAGUGUGGAAUCCCAGUAUGACAUCUCAAACUUUGAUCCAGAGUUUACAGAGGAAACCGUGACAAACUCUGUGUGCUUCUCUGCAGGGCAGUCAAUAGUUAAUGCUAGUGUCAUGGAGGCUGAUGAUGCCUUCCUGGGAUUUUCCUAUGCUCCCCCAUCAGAAGAUUCUUUCCUGUAAGGGUGGCCCUAAAGAAUAAUGGCAAUCCAUAGAGAGCUGCAAGAAAUGGCUUUGCUGUGAUCACUCUCUGUGAUGAAAGGGAAGAACUGAGUGUGAUGUCCCGUUCAGUGGGGCGGACCCUUGUGUUUGUUAACAGAAGCGGUGCAUGAACCUUUUGGGAUGCAGGGUGUUUCAAACUUUAUUUUUAUGCUUGAAUAACAAAGUUCUAUUUUGUAUAACAUUGAAUGCCUUACCCUGAGACAACUCAGGAGCGGAAGUGUAAUAUUGAGAUUUUUGGUAUUUUUUUCCUCAGAAUUGUUUUCUUUGGAUAAAGUUAUUUGUAACAAGGAAAA